AAUGGAUACAACCCAUUCGGUAUGAACAGUUUGUCUGUAUGGGCUUGGAUGUUCUUAUUUGGACACCUUGUUUGGGCUACAGGUUUCAUGUUCUUGAUCUCUUGGCGUGGUUAUUGGCAAGAAUUGAUCGAGACAUUAGCUUGGGCUCAUGAACGUACUCCAUUAGCUAAUCUUGUGCGUUGGAAAGAUAAACCAGUAGCUCUUUCUAUUGUGCAAGCUAGAUUAGUAGGAUUAGCUCAUUUCUCUGUAGGUUAUGUAUUUACCUAUGCUGCUUUCCUAAUUGCAUCUACCUCAGGUAAAUUCGGUUAAGGAUAUGUCAACAUCAUAACUGCUUACUAUUUUGUAAAAAUCUAUUUUUGAGAUAUUAAGAAAAUAGUAAGUUUUUUAGGCUAUCCCACCUCUCAAGAGGUGGGAUAGCCUGAAAUUCACUAUAUAAGCUUCUUCCGUUAUUUUUAUUUUUUAUAA